AUGAAGAACUUCGUUACCGUCGCGGCUUUCGCUGCUGGUGCCAAUGCCCUCGUUGGCAGGAGCAGCAGCUGCUGCUUCAGCUUGAACGCUUCUGGCGGUGCUUCUGGCACCCUUGGCCAGCUUUCUGACGGUCAGAACCGUAUUGGUGAUGACAGCCUGAGCCCUGCUCAGUACUGCAUCGACUCCAACGGCGCCAUCACUGAUGGUAACGGCCGAGGCUGCAUCUUGACUCCCCCAACCACUCAGUUCCAGUGUGACGAGGGUGCCACCCCCACUCCCGGCUUCUCCAUCAACUCGCAGGGCCAGCUCGAAUACCAGGGCAGCACCAAGUUCGUCGCCUGUGAGACUGGUCAGAACAAUGGUCUGAACGUUUACACUGAGGAGAGCGACGCUGUCAGCCAGUGCAAGGACGUCACUCUCGCUGCUGACUCUUGCUCGGGAUCCGGCUCUGGCUCUGGCGCCAGCUCUUCGGCUGCUCCCUCUUCGCCUGCUCCCAGGCCUACCAGCUCGGUCCCGGUUGUGUCUGUCUCGACUCCUGCUGUUUCGUCUCCUGCCGCUUCGCCUAGCAGCGAGGCCCCUGUCGGCAGUGGCUCGGCUCCUGCCCCUAGCGAGUCUGCCUCUGCUUCUCCCAGCAGCUCCCAGGUCGUUGUUCCCGUCUCCCCGGCUCCUGGCUCUUCCAAGCCUAAGACCACUGUCUGGACCACUGUGACUUCCUACGAGUGCAGCUCUCAGUCUACUCCCGUUGUUCCCGUUGAGACUCCCUCUGGUCCUCAAUCUCAGACCGUUCCCGGUACCCCUGGUGUCCCUGGUGGAUCUCAGCCUUCUGGCACUCCUGGUGUUCCUGGCGGUUCCCAGCCCUCUGGCCCCGCUGGUACUACUCCCGUUGUCCCUGGUGGAUCUCAGCCUUCUGGCACUCCUGGUGUUCCUGGUGGUUCUCAGCCCUCUGGCCCCGCUGGUACUACUCCCGUUGUCCCUGGUGGAUCUCAGCCUUCUGGCACUCCUGGUGUUCCUGGUGGUUCUCAGCCCUCUGGCCCCGCUGGUACUACUCCCGUUGUCCCUGGUGGUUCUCAGCCUUCUGAGUCCGCUCAGCCCUCUGGCCCCGCUGGUACUACCCCCGUUGUUCCCGGCGGUUCUCAGCCUUCCGAGUCUGCCCAGCCCUCUGGUACUGCCUCCAGCUCUCAGCCCUCGGGAACCUCUACUGGAUCUCAGCCUUCCGGAAGUGCCUCUGGCAGCUGCCCUACUAACCUCAACGGCGAGUACACCGCUCCUCACCUGAUCAUCCCUGUCGACUCUUCGUCUCCCGACACCGCCCCUGGCACUUCUUACAACGGCACCAUUUCGUCGUCGAAGACCACCCUGUACAACUUCGACGUCCCCCAGUCCUACGCCGACAAGACCUGCAGCCUUGUCUUCCUCUUCCCCAAGCAGGAGGAUCUCGAGACCUCUGCCUUCACUUUCAGCGGUGACGGCAAGAUUGACUUCGCUUCUCUCGAGUCGGCUGUGACUACCGACACCAGCUACAGCAACAUGCCCAGCGUCAAGGAGGACUACGGUGUCACCGCUGUCGCUCCCGGCAACUCCUACGUCAUCUCCACCUUCUCUUGCCCCGCUGGUGAGGCCGUCAGCUAUGAGAUGAAGAACGCUGGCAGCACCUACCUCGACUUCUUCGAGGACUACAACCCCUCUCCUAUCGGUCUCUACAUCACCACCUGCUAA